AAGUAUACGAAUCUUCGAAAAAACUUAGCUCUAUUCGCUCGUGCCUCGUUUCUGCUACACAGUCGUUUUCUCUUCUCUCGCACGCACACGUUGCCAGAGAGAAUACAUACGUGUAUCGCUGCUCAAGUGAAAACAACCAAGUCCGAGGCUUUUAAUCGACGAGAAUAUAUAAAAAAAAUAUAAUAGCAACGACGAUAAAAUCAUGUCUUUGAACACGGCCCACGCCAACGGCGGCGUGUUGUUACACAAUGGAGAGGCAAUCCUGCUCUACAGUGACAAUGUUACCAUCACUUUUCAUGGCCAGGAGCAACCGGAGUUUUUGGGAACUAAGAAGGGUCGAAUGUUCUUGACGACGCACAGAAUGAUCUUCAAUUCCAAAGAUCAGAGAGAUAGAAUGUUGUCGUUCAGUUUUCCUUUCGGAACUCUGAGAGACAUUGAAUGCAAACAGCCAGUUUUCUCAGCCAACAGUAUCCAGGGCAAAUGCAGAGCUCAGCCGAAUGGAGGCUGGAUAGGCGAAUGCAAAUUUAAGUUUCACUUUAACAGCGGAGGAGCGAUUGAAUUUUGUCAAGCUAUGAUGGCUGCUGCUCAACUUGCUUCGAGACAUGGACCCAUGGAUGCGAACGAUUCUCCACCACCGUACCAACCACCACCGACUAACUGGUAUGCAGCUCCACCGCCAGCGUACCAAGCUGCUCCAACUGGCUACUAUGGUUGGGUACCACCAACAAAUGCUUUUCCAAAUCAACCUCCAGCAAACAGUGUGUUUAUGACUGACAUGCCGCCACCCUACCCGGGAAUUAACUCGCCAUACGCCUCAGCUGCACACGCAGCCCAGCAACAUCAACAAAUGAACGGAAUGGGUAUGACGAACGGCAACACAUCGGCGAGUCAACCUCAGGCCGGUUCACCGCCCGCUUGGGCCAAUCCUAACGUCAAUAAUCCAAAUACGAUGUCUCGUGCAGAUGCUAAAGCCGCGGAAGCAGCCCAGAGCGCCUACUACGAUCCGAGCAGGCCACAGUGCGCUUACGUGCCGCCACCGGCUUACUAUGAAAGUCCGCCGAGUUUUCACCAAGCGACCGAGAAGAAGGAUCAAUAAAAGACACGACAUAGACCCGAAACCAGAUCGGACCAACGAAUUUCUAUAUUUCUGAAGAGUAAACAUCAAAAUUCACACGUUUCUCGCUCGCAUUAAUUAAUUAUUAUAUAUUAAAAAAAAAAAAAACGCAAAUACACACGUGUAUUAUAUUGCAAGAUA